CAGAAAGCUGCUGCUUAUUUCCCAUCGGAGUGUACAGCGGCUGGAGUUGUUAGCUAACGUUAGGUGUUGUCUCGGUCGAGAGGAUGGGUGUAUCAGAUUUACAGUUUGAUACGCAUGCAGGCCCCGUGAUGGAUCUUUCAGCGCGGGGUAUGCAGAAACUGGAUCCCAGUUUCACCUGCUCCGAGGACACCCACACUCUCAUCCUGGACCGUAACAACAUUAUGAAGCUGGAUCACCUGGAGAGGAGUCCAGGCCUUCAGCAGCUGUCUGUUGCCAAUAAUCGCCUGGUGAGAAUGAUGGGUGUGUGCCGGCUGACGGAGUUGAGGGUCCUCAACCUUCCAAAUAACAGCAUUGGCUACAUCGAAGGGCUUCGAGAUCUGCCCAAUCUAAAAUGGCUCAACUUAUCUGGGAACAACAUUAAGGUGAUCGAACAACUCAACAACUGUGUGUGCCUCCAACACCUGGAUCUGUCCGACAAUAAUAUCUCUACUAUCGGUGAUCUGACGAAAGUGAUCUCAUUGAAGACCCUUUUAUUGCAUGGAAACAGCAUCACGACACUUCGGACUGUUCCUGCUCAUCUGCCAGCUCAUUUAUCCAUUUUGUCCCUGGCAGAAAACGAGAUCAGAGACCUUAAUGAAGUGUCGCACCUCGCUCCUCUUCAUGAACUGCAGCAGCUGUCCAUUAUGAGCAACCCGUGCGUCAUGGCGACCCCGUCUUUGCCGGGUUUUGAUUAUCGGCCGUACAUCAUGAGCUGGUGCCUGAGUCUGAAAGUCCUGGACGGCUAUGUCGUGUCCCAGAAAGAAGGUCUGAAAGCGGAGUGGCUGUACAGUCAGGGGAAAGGCCGAUCGUAUCGGCCGGGACAGCACGUGCAGCUGGUUCAGUACCUGGCCACCGUUUGCCCUUUGACUGCAUCGCCGGCGCUGGAGACAGCGGAAGAUGCUAAACUGGAGAAGAUCCUCAGUAAGCAGAGGUUCCAUCAGAGGCAGCUGUUAGAGGAGAGCCGGGGGGGCUCUCCCAGCCCUCCCCGUCCCACUCAGUUAGAUGUGGAGAAACACAGUCCUUCACGUUCGGUUCCAGAGGGAGGCGCUCAUGAGGCGGCAAGAAUCCCUGCGUCUGGAUGUGCCACUGCUCCAGAGCCGCUGGUGCAGGUCAACACCUGGGUGAGCUGUGACUCCUCCUGUCCAGCGCUGCCUGUGGUUCGUAGCCCGAGGCCUGCAGAGGAGCACAUCGGUCUGGAGGACGUGGACGAGGACAAGCAGCUGGACGGCAGCAUGCUGUCUUCACAGUCCACGUUCCCGGCCUUCACACCUGACCUGGAGCCGCAGCUGACCCACUCCGACAGCGAGGACGAGACGGAGACGUUCGAACCCGACUCUCUGGCGCCAACACGGCCGGCACAACACAAAAAGCACGACACAAGCAGGACAGGUCACUCAGCCAAAGUGCAAAAGCAAGACAGACGCACUCCGGAAGAAGUUACGUCAGCAGCUGGAUCUCUUCAAGUCAGGGUCAGCGCGCCGCAGAGAGACGCUGAGGCACCGGCUGGUUCCGUCCAGUCAGACCUGAAGGACGCCGCUCAGCAGGAGGAAGCUGUUAAAUCAUGUUUGAUGGAAGAGAACAAGGCCGCGGUCAGAAUCCAGGCCUGGUGGAGAGGACAGUACACCCGGUGCUGCCACCCUGUGGCCAGAGAGGUGCGCAGCGAGAUCCGCCUGCGCAGAAUGCAAGAACACAUCCUUUACCUUUCUGACCAGUUGGACAGCGUGCAGAAGCAGUAUGAGGAGGAGAAGUUACAGCGGCUGAUUCAGGAGGAAGCUGUGAAAUUUCUGUGGAAAGAGCUCCAGUCCAUGCAGCAGUGGAAGCAGACGGUGGAGCAGCAGCUGUCUGCCGUCGCUCCACCUCAGACCUCGCCUCCUGCAGCGUGUAAGGCGUCGCCGCCCGCCGCUUCCAGCACCGCAAACACGCCCCACACGGACGCGUCCUUCCCAGACUCUGGCUUCGAGACGACCGGCGAUCGGCAGGCGGCGCGGGACGACAGCUUCCUGAGCAGCGGCACAGCGGACUCUCUGCAGACCGUGAGAGCGCCAAGUCCCGCCCGCGGCGGUCUGGAGAGCGCCGACUGCAGCCUGCUGGAGCAGUACCUGUCGUCUGUGCAGCAGAGGGAGGAGGAAGCCGAGGAGGCGGCGAGCGACAGAACAGGAAGCCCACAGCCCUCCUCACCGGCGUCCCCCAGCAGGACAGCACUGACUCCGCCCCCCGCCCACACACCAGCAGAAGGCUCUCCCGGCUCCGUGUGAGGCACAUCUGCACCCAGCUGUUCAGUCCCGGUGUGAGCUCCUCCCCCUCUGGAGACCAGACACAUCUGUAAACUGCUCUCCACUCCUCUACCCACACAGGUCUCUGCAGCAGCGCUCUCUGUUUCUGCCUCUUUUUUUUCCACUUUAUUGAGACUUAAACCUAAAGAAGCUUUUGAAAAUACUUUACUCUGAAUGUAACUCACAUGUUUUUUGUAUACAUGCACUACUUGGAUCUGUUCUCUGAUAAACUGACAGGUUCUCUGUCUAAAGGCCGAGCAGAAGACGUAUGGCUGCAUCCAAUAACUUCAGAAUCCAGUGGAGAAGUUACUGUCUCCUGAAAUCUGCUAGAAACUGUGAAACUUAAGUAAAUCCUCAUCAACAGAGACACUUCAACCCUUUUUGUUUCAUUCCUUGAAGAAAUAGUUAAUAAAUAACGAAAAUAAACAUUUCAAUAAAAAAAAUGCUUGAAGCUUUAUUUAUAUAUGAGUAUAAAAUACCAGUAAACAGUAAACUUUCCUCUGCUGUUCUAAUAUUUUUCGAUGCUCCUGUAGUUGCAGAAGGCGUCAGUAACGUGUGUGUGUGUGUGUGUGUGUGUGUGUAUGAGAGGAGAUUUCUACCUCUGCUGAGAGACACAGCCUUGUUGUAACAUCCACUGUAUCAGAUACCGGCAAUAAACUGCAUUUAGUAAUAGUAGGACUUAAUGUGUUCAAUGCACGGCACUUACUGUACCUUUUCUGUGUCAUACAAAUAUUGAUCUUUAAAAGCUGUAAAUAAAUUCUAUUUGGUUUCCUCU